UCAAGCGAUUUUCAUGAUGAGGUACGGAAAAGAAACAAAAAAACAAUGUUAUCAUUGUAGGAGAAAUGGCGUCGGAACAAGAACAACUUCUCGAUAUUCGAGGGCAGAUUGCUGGGGUUCUGGAUGGCAUUGACCGUUACAACCCCACAAACUUGCCUGUAUGGGAGAAAUAUGUGGAAUUACAGGCAUCGACGGGAGAGUAUGAUUUCGAGGCCAACCUGGCAGUGUUGAAACUAUACCAGUUCAACCCCGCUUCAUUCCGUGCUGAUGUGGCGGCUACGAUUCUACUCAAGGCGCUGAUGAACCUGCCCUCUAUCGACUUUAGCAUGUGCAAAGCCAUCCUGCCAGAAGCCUUUCUUCGCGAGGACAGCGUGUCAACAGCUAUCUACCUAGCUGACCUGCUGGAGACCUGCUACUUUACCCGUUUCUGGACCGAAGUAGUCACCUUCAACGAGCUGACACAGAGCCUGAAGGGAUUCGAGAAUGCCGUUCGACAAUACGUGUGCCAGGUGAUCACCAUUACGUUCCAGUCUAUUCCAAGCUCUCAGCUUGUCGAACAGCUUGGUAAUGUAUCUGAUGAACAGCUGGAGGCGCUGAUCGAGGCUAACAGCUGGAAGAAGCAGGCUGAUGGCACCAUCUUUGUUGGCAAGAAGGAAGCACCAGCAAGCAAGCCGAAAAAGCUUGUUGAGCAGUUGGAUCUUGACACCGUACUGCCAGUCCUAAAUCAGCAGCGGAGACGGUGAAAGCCACCCACCACCACCCAUGGCGACAACCUCCUACAACCAUGAGAACGAGAACGACAUCAACAUCAACAACCAGCAACAGUUCACGGCGACCAGUUCGCUCUCUCUCCUGCUUAUGAAACAGUUUUUAUUCCAAAACUGAGAAUACUGUUGCUGCAUACAUUUUCUUACCUCAUAAAAAGUAAACCGUUUCAUACUAAUAAAGAAGAGUAAACAACAUA